CACCAGAGGAGGUGAGCAUCGAGAGAAAGCUGAAGAAAAAGCUAGCUAAGGAUACCGUAGUAUAUUCGCAUUACUCUUACAAUAUGUUGGACCCUCAGGACCUCCCUAUGCCCGUGCGAAGCAUGCCAGAUAUGUUUACGUCGUGGCGGAAAAAGGUCGAAUCGGCUGAUGUACAGCCAAGGUCAGUGGUGGAUGCUCCUGAGGUGGGUGCUAUGCCCCUGCCAAGUGCCUGGGAUGCUGGCUUAAAGGAAUUACCUUCUGAAACGGAUCUUUUCAACGACUUAGUGGCUACGUACAAAUCAAAAGCCAAUGUGGACGGUGAACCACCGCGAAAUAAGAACCACAGCAUAGGCAUAGACCUCGUUAUGCCCGAGAUAGCUCUGGAGAAAGGGGUGAUGCGAUUCGAGGGCGGCGAGACAGCGGGGUUAGAUAGGAUUGAGGACUACAUAUUCCGACAAGAUUGUCUGAAGAACUAUUACGAUACGCGCAAUGGUUUGAUGGGGGCGAAUUACAGCAGCAAGUUCAGUCCUUGGUUGGCCAUGGGCUGCAUAUCCGCACGUCAGAUACAUGUGGCCUGUCAGAAGUACGAGAGAAUGCGGGUGAAGAACAAGAGCACGUAUUGGAUGAUAUUUGAACUGCUGUGGAGAGACUUCUUCCACCUAUACUUUAUGAAACACGGUUCCAAGCCGUUCAUGCUCAAGGGGGUGUUCCCUAGGUGUGUUGUAUAUCAGUGUUGA